AUGAACUUAAACGACUCCACACACAACACAGGCGAGAAUUUACAUAUCGAAAUAGACGAAGAAGAAAAUCAAUCGGCGCCUCCUCUCGAGGAUCUUCACAAACAAAGUUAUAUUUCCGUUUUUGGUUGUUGCUUUGGUGGGCUGUACUACACGUUUCAGUCCGAAUACAAAUUUGUGCGGCUGUUAGCACUUCAGUCUUUUUGUAUAGGACUUUUGGACUGUUUAAUAAUGACUCUUGCAUUUUACUAUGCCUCUUCGACACGAGUUCCAAUAGUCGCAUUAUCAAUAGCGUUUUCUUUACUGACGUAUGCCGCACAAAUCAUCGCGUGUUUCAUGGGAUUAUUAUACCGGAAAUUCUUUGGGAUCUUCCCUUUCAAUUUGUGUGGACGAACGUCGUCGAGUGCCUUUAUGCCUGAUGCCCAAGAGAAGUGA